GAACUCAGACUCUAGGGCUAGAAUCCUGCGGACUGGGCAGAGGUCUCGAUUGGAGCCCCGACCCUCCAAGAGUCCUAAAUCCCAAGCCCUUUCGGGGGAGGGACUAGGGCCCAAGUAGCUUAAGACGCUAGUAAAAACCGGCAGGGCUAGGCUGGUGCUCGGGGACUGGGGAGGGAGAGCCGGGGCGGAGUCACCCGAGAACCGGAGACAGAACCAUGGAAGCUCCCGUGGCAGUGCUGGUGAUGGGAGUGAGCGGCUCCGGAAAAUCAACAGUAGGAUCACUCCUGGCAACUGAGCUGGGGUGGAAAUUCUAUGAUGCAGAUGAUUAUCAUCCUGAAGAAAAUCGAAAAAAGAUGGGGAAAGGAAUACCACUGAAUGACCAGGACAGGAUUCCAUGGCUUUUCAACUUGCAUGACAUUUUAUUGAGAAAUGUGUCCUCAGGUCAAAGUGUGGUCCUUGCCUGUUCUGCUUUAAAGAAAAUGUACAGAAACAUCUUAAGGAGAGGAGAAAGUGCUGCAACCCAGAAAUAUGAUGAGCCAGGAGAGAAAGAGGAGCUGAAGCUCCUUGUGGUUUAUUUGAAUGGACCUUCUGAAGUGAUCUCUGGCCGUUUAGCCAAAAGAAAAGGACAUUUUAUGCCCCCGGAGUUGCUCCAGUCACAGUUUGACACUCUGGAACCGCCAUCAGCCCCAGAAAACUUUCUGUCUCUUAGUGUGGACAGAAGUGUCUCAGAAAUGAUUCCUAUUAUUGUGGACUAUGUAAAAACUAAAUGAGAACCCUUUUGGAGCAAUCAUCAGAUCUGAAUUAGACAUAAUUAUCACGUCAAAUCCCCAAAUGCAUUCCUAUUUAUAAACAUUUUUAAUCUUCUCCUCUGGAUGUCAAUCUUAGAAAGUACUGCAAGCUGCUCAUUAUGCCUUUCAAAAAAAUAUCAGAAUUGUUUCCCAAAGCAUUUUCUCCUCCUUCUGACACCUGCUAAUCGAUUCCUUCUUUGUAACAAGGAAAAAUUGGGUGAAACCCAGCCAACAAAGAGACUACAUACAUCAGAGAGUAUAUGCAGCAUUGCAUACCCAGAGCUCUCCACCUUUCUACCAAAAAGAGAUGUAUUUUUCCUUCAUUCUUCUUUAGAAUCAAAAUGGGUUUUUUACUGAGCUGGGCAGCUGUUUGGGUGUUUGUAGUUCAUUGGCUAUUAUUGUAGGCAUUGUGUCUAUUGCUCUCUGGUUCUAUUUUCUUUAUCUGUACCGGUUCACACAAGUCUUUCCAUGUUUCUGCGAAGUCCUCCCAUUCAUUGUUUCUUAUGGUACCCUAAUAUGCCACUGAAUUCCUUUAACAGUUUGUUCAGCCAUUUUCCAAUGAACAGGUAGCACUUCAUUUAAUUUUCUUACUGCCACAAAGAAUGCUGCUGUGAAUAUUUGGCCCUCUAUGGGAUCUUUCUUUGUGUCCCUGCUGUCCUUGGAGUAUGAGCCUAGUAGACAAUAGCUGGGUUUUUUUCUUCAAAAAUCUGGGAACAAUUUACUGUCUUGGCAGAGUUGAAGGGAUUUCCAGUGAUUUCAGAGCUAUUCUCUGAUGUGCUAGUGAUGUAGAUGGGGGAUGUGAGGAUAGUUCAAUUAAAGUUUGAAUUGGGAUUUUGAUUCCAUCCAUGAUGAUCACAGCAAAUAAAGCAAAUUUCACAAAUUAUAUUAGAAAAUGCUACCUGAAAUUGAAAAGUGAGUAGAGGAGACCACUGUGGAAGAGAAUGUAGAGAGAGAAAAGAGCAAAGAACAGAAUUGGACGGGAGGGGGCAAUGCCUACUUUCAGGGAGCAGGAAGAAGUGGUUCCAAAGAGGGAAAACAAGGAGUGAUCAAGUAAGGUGGAAAACCAAGAGGGAGGAUUCUCCCUGGAGCCAAAAGAAGAAUGGAUGGAUGGAUAAUUGAAUGAAUGAACCAGAGAGCAUUUAUUUACAUGGGCCGAAAAUACAAAUACAAAAACAAAACCAGUUGCUCCCCUAGCUUAUGUUCUAGUAGGAGGAAAUUACACAUACUGAGGAAUUGUGGUGCGAGGCUCUUGGGAAGAUGUCAAUCAUAUUGAAUGUUCCAGAAAAAGAUAACAAGGAUGAAGACUGAGAAAAGGCCAAUGUAUUGGGUAAACAUGAGAAAGUCGUUGCUGCAGAAGUUGGUGAUGGAGGGGACAGCUGGGUGUCGCAGGAAUAGUCAGGCCUAGAGAGGGGAGGUCCUGGGUUCAAAUGUGACCUAAAAAACUUCCUAGCUGUGUACCUCUGAAGAAGUUACUUAAUCCUCACUGCCUGCCCUAGCCCUUACCAUUCUUCUGCUUUAGAACCAAAAAACAGAAUUUUUUUUAAUUAAAAAAAAUUUUUUUAAGAUGAUAGAGUGAGAAAAAGUGCUCUACAUCUCUUAUAAUCAGAGAGAUGCAAAUCAAAACAACUCUGAGGUAUCACCUCACACCUAGCAGAUUGGCUAACAUGACAGCUAUGGAAAGUAAUGAAUGCUGGAGGGGAUGUGGCAAAAUUGGGACAUUAAUGCAUUGCUGGUGGAGUUGUGAACUGAUCCAACCAUUCUGGAGGGCAAUUUGGAACUAUGCCCAAAGGGCGACAAAAGAAUGACUACCCUUUGAUCCAACUAUAGCACUGCUGGGUUUGUACCCCAAAGAGAUAAUAAGGAAAAAGACUUGUACAAGAAUAUUCAUAGCUGCAUUCCUUGUGGUGGCAAAAAAUUGGAAAAUGAGGGGAUGCCCAUCAAUUGGGGAAUGGCUGAGCAAAUUGUGGUAUAUGUUGGUGAUGGAAUACUAUUGUGCUAAAAGGAAUAAUAAAGUGGAGGAAUUCCAUGGAGACUGGAACAACCUCCAGGAAGUGAUGCAGAGCGAGAGGAGCAGAACCAGGAGAACAUUGUACACAGAGACUGAUACACUGUGGUACAAUCGAACGUAAUGGACUUCUCCAUUGGUGUCAAUGCAGUGAUCCUGAACAAUCUGCAGGGAUCUAAAAAACACUAUCCACAAGCAGAGGAUAAACUGUGGGAGUAAAAACAACGAGGAAAAGCAACUGCUUGACUACAGGAGUUGAGGGGAUAUGACUGAGGAGAGACUCUAAAUGAACACUCUAAUGCAAAUACCAACAACAUGGAAAUGGGUUUGAAUCAAGAACACAUGUGAUACCCAAUGGAAUCGCGUGUGGGCUAUGGGAGAGGUGGUGGGGGAGCGGGGGGAGAAAAUGAUCUUUGUUUCCAAUGAAUAAUGUUUGGAAAUGACCAAAUAAAAUAAUGUUUAAACAUUU